UGAUUCGGACGUGUCGUGAAUAUCGGACGAAAUUCCUCGCAGUAGUUCUUCUCCCAUCAGACAGAAUCGUGUUGAAGCCAAUGUUAUCGUUGUAUGUUGACAUCAAAUUAAUUAUUCGGCCAGCCGAUAAUUGUUUAGCACGUCGAUCGAUCGCUAAGAAACUAAUUUGACAAAAGGCGAGCGAACAUGACACCCAACAUUUGGAAUUCGAAGACCGAGAUAUGCGACGAAGAAGAUCUGCGAAAGAAGAAUCACUCCCGAGUCAUUUCACCGACCGUAAAAAAUAAAAAAGGCACGCGGAGUGGAUACAAGACUUGCACGAAAAUUGAAGAGUGGUUUGGCUUUAAGACCAAGCUCAAAUGGAAGAAUAUCGCGCUACUAAUUUUCCUUCAUAUAGGCUCACUCUACAGUUUUUACACCGUAGACAUUCUCGGAAACAUCACGACAGUCGUCUGGAUGAUUUUCCUAGGUGCUAUACAAGCGAUUGGUAUAACUGCUGGUGUUCAUCGUCUUUGGUCACAUCACGCUUACAAAGCCAAAUUACCGCUUCGAGCUCUGCUUCUCAUUUUCUACACCGUGGCUGUACAGAACAAGAUUUCGGAUUGGGUGCAAGAUCAUCGGGUACAUCAUAAAUAUACGGACACGGACGCGGAUCCGCACAACAGCAAUCGCGGAUUCUUCUUCUCCCACAUCGGCUGGCUGAUGAUGAAAAAGCAUUCAGAAGUGAUCCGAAGAGGUCGUGAGAUUGACAUGAGCGAUGUUUUGACGGAUCCUGUUGUCGUGUUCGAUGAUAAAUAUUCCGUGAUACUUAGAUUCAUUUUUUGCUUCGGACUACCGGUAGUGAUACCAGUUUAUGGAUGGGACGAGACAUGGAUCAGGUCAGUUCAAAUGCAAUGGUUCUUUCGCUACGUGAUCGGCUUGAAUUGCACAUGGAGCGUCAAUAGUCUGGCUCAUAUCUGGGGCUCGAAACCGUACGACGCACACAUUAAUCCGGCGAAUAAUAAGCUGGUUGCUUUUCUGACGUACGGCGAGGGCUGGCACAAUUAUCAUCAUGUGUUCCCGUGGGAUUAUAAAGCGGACGAAUUGGGCAAUUACAUGCUAAACAUCACGACGAUGUUUAUCGACUUCUUCGCGAAAAUCGGCUGGGCGUACGACUUGAAGCAACCGUCGCAACAACUCGUGAUGUCCGUCGUGACGAAGAGAGGUGAUGGCAGCCAUCACAUGUGGGAUCCCGUGGCGUAUCCCAACAGUAAGAUCGAAGAGUGAAAGGACGGUUCAGCUUUGGGUGUGCAAGGGUUCCUGUUGUUGAAGAAAUUCAGCAAGUUGAGUGUCGUAAAGCCAUCUCGAUUGCGUAAUAAAUUUUAUUAGUUACUCGCAAUAAUUGUAGUAAAGUACUAAUUGUAAUAAAGUAUAAUUAAUAUAUUGAAGAAUAUAAUGAAAGAGAGAGAAUAUAAUUGAAUAUAAUGAAGAACGUUUAGAGAAAUUGUCUCAAAAGUUCACUUUUUACGAUUUAAUUAUUUUUUCAUCAUUUUGAUGUCAUCAUAAUUUUUUAUUUUGCUUAAGUAAACUAGAUUUUCGUAAUUUUAAGUUCUUUUCUAAUGAUGUAAAAAAAAUGUGUCACAUGUUUUUACGAUAAACAUUGUGAUACGUGCAUAUUAUAAAAUACUAAAAUGAUAUUAGAUUAUCUGAUAACAGAAAAGAAGUGUCCACGCAUUACUCAGAAAA